ACCAGCCUUCCCGUCCCCCGUUAUCCAUAUCCGCAUUCUUUUCCUGCGACGAGUCCCUAGGUCUCCCUUGCAGCCGGAGUAGUUGUUCACGCCGCUCGCUUUUCUUGGUUGUUCAGCGAGAAUCCUUAUUGUCUUUUGCGAUCCUUCAUAGACGUCACCAUGGGUCUCGCAGGCCCCAAGAACAAGCGGAAGCUCAACGAGGACCCGAACAACACGAAAUGGAGCCGUAACGAGAACACCUUUGGCCAGCGCAUGCUGCGCGCGCAGGGCUGGACCCCGGGCCAGAACCUGGGGGCCCAGGACGCCGCGCACGCCAGCUACCACACCGCCGCGAGCUCGGCGCCCAUCAAGGUCGUCGUCAAGGACGACUUCCUCGGCCUGGGCGCCAAGAUCCGCCAGAAGCAGAGCGACGAGUGCACGGGGCUCGACGUGUUCAAGGACCUCCUCGGCAGGCUGAACGGCAAGUCGGAGGAGAGCAUCGAGAAGGAGCGCAAGGUGCGGUCCGAUAUCAAGACGAACCUCUAUGUCGAGAACAAGUUCGGCCUCAUGCGCUUUGUCAGCGGCGGGCUGCUCGCCGGCGACCAGAUGCAGGAUCUGGUGACCAAGAAGGAGAAGGAGGAUGUGAUCAAGACCGAGGCUGAGGAAGUCAAGGUGAAAGAGGAGGAUGUUUCUGACUCUGAGGUCAACGCGUCGUCAUCGAAGAAGGACAAGAAGUCCAAGAAGCGGAAGGCCGGAGACGACGAGCAGGAGGAGAGCCGGAAAGAAAAGUCCCGUGACAAGAAGAAGCGGAAGAAGAGUGAGGCGGCUGGGAACGAGGAUGAUUCAACCGACGAAUCGUCAAAGAAGAAGAAGAAGAAGAAGUCAAAGAGCUCAUCUGAUUCUGACGAGGAGUCUGCCAAGGCCAAGGACAAGAAGAAGAAGCGGAAGGAGAAGAAGCUCAAGGAGGCAGAAACCGCCGCAAGUGCCGCCACGUCAGAUGCAGAGGAGGCCGAGAAGCGACGGAAAAGGGAGAAGAAGGAGAAGAAGCGGAGGAAGCUGGAGGCCGAAGAUACCACCGCAAGCUCGACACCGAUGGUCGUGGACACACCAGCCGCCAGCGGCACCGCCACCCCAGUCGAGACUGGCACUUCCACACCUACAGCUAUGUCUGCACGGCAUUACGCGAGAUCGCGAAACAUUGCGUCUAAGAGGCAGGCAAUGGCCGAUAUGAAGUCGUUGAACCAGAUCUUCAUGGUCAAGCCCGUUUGAUUUAUAGCACGAGCAUUAGCGGAUCGAUUUUCUCAACCUAUAGAAUAAGGCAUACGAGAUACCCAAUACAUUUGGAUUCUGGUUGUUCAAACA